GUUUAAAUAAUCAAUAUAUCUGAAAAGUAAAUAUCAGUAUAUAUAGUUUAAAAGUUUACCGAAAAUUUGAUUUCAAUUGUGUGCUGCAAAUAAAUGACGUUCCGUUUCGUAUGAGGACGUCUAAUACUAUAGUAUUAUCUACAGCGCGUCACAUUAGUUCUCAACAUUACCACAAGUUCAGUCGCAGUGAUGAGCGCGGCAGGAGGAUUACAACAAAAGUUUCAGCAAAUAAGGAGGAGUUGUCAUUUCCCUGCACAGCUUUCUGUUGUUUGGUGCAAUAAUUGUUGCCAUGACGCCUCUGGGAGUCUGUUUGGAAUAUUCGUUGACUUUAACCAACUGUCAGCUGCACCCACAUUCACUCUGAGCUCGGCCAGCCCCUCACCCUUGUAAUGAAACUGCCGCAGAGCUACUUGUAACUUCUGUCUGCACUUGCAGAUGACGCCUGCCGGAGACGCUCACUGAUUCCUUUUAACCGAAAGAGCCCAAAGUUAAAUCUCCGAGGCUGAUCUGAAAGUUACCUGAGGAUUUGAUAAUGAGUUCUGUGAGACCUUCAAGAACUAUGUUGCAAGAUAGCAGGUUAUAUGGACAAAACCACAAUGAUUUUGAAGAUGCAGAGUAUCGGCAGUUACCUUCACCAACUCGUUCUUCCCUGAGAUCUCCAGAACGUUCUAAAGAAGGAUUCCGGGUCACUUUUGCAGAUAGGGACCUCUCUGACGUCACUCUCAAGAAGGACAGUUUUAUGAAAACCUUAUUAGAUAAUGAUACAGUGUCCCCCACAAAGCUGCAUUAUGGAAGCACUGACCAUAAAUCAGAAGCAUUAUUUGCACCCAGAGAUAGCACUUUGCACAGCUUCAAAAGUGCUUACAUUAAAUCAACCCCUCCAAGAAAGGAGAGCAGUGAAAACAAAAAUAAAGAUCAGAAUAUUCCUGAUGACAUUGGACGACACUCGGAGCAACAUAAAGACCUUGAGAAACAUUCCUAUGAAGACAAACUGGGGUCAAGUAAUGAGAGAUUAUUAAGACUUAGUUCAGAUCUUUACUUCACUACUCAUCUCACCGACCCCUCCUUGACCUCAAAUACUGCAUCAACUCUGAGGAAAGGCUACAGUAGCUUCUCAAAGAACUAUGCUCUUCCAUCUAAGCCCACAUACGGUAAAUCUCAUAUGUCCACAAAAUUAGAGAGCCACUCAGAAUUCACCCGAGAUUUAAAAAAACCAUGGAGUCCUGAUGCGGCCUCUGAUCUCAUAGCGGAAAGGAAAUCCACAGCACAGACAGGAAUGAAAAGAACCAGCAGUCUAAAUUCUUUAACUCAUAAACCAGCCUAUGAGCGCAAAGAUAAUAACAAUGAAGACCUGCUGUAUGGCAACAGACACGUGGAAGCAGCAAGUCCCUUAGGAUUAGAAUCCGCUUCCCUCUCAGAUGUACUCCAGAGGCUAACUGACCUAGUGGAUCGUUACUGGAAUGGAUCUGGAUCCCUACUUCAAAACCAGAGGUUUCUGUUGCCAGCAAGAGAACUACUGUCCAACCUCAUUCAUAGCAGUUCAGGGCCACAGGCAUCUCACAUGGACAACGGUCUUCAGAACAUGUCAGCAAAUUGUAGGGUAAUGGCGGGAAACACAGAAGGUGACAACUUGGAAACAUUAAAGCAGAAGUUGCUUAAAGUCAUGGAGGAAAAUCGUUCUCUUCAGUCAAAAAUCUAUAAACUGGAAAACAAUUCAGCAUAUACAGAUGCCUCCGGAAUUCUACCCUCAUCACAAGCUGAAUUGUGGCAUAGACUUGAGAAGUUAACACUUGAGGUGGCAUCUUUUCAGCAACAGCUUAAGGAGUCAGAUAAAAUGAGUGACACUCUGAAACUUUUGCAUGAAAGCCAAAGAUCAUUAGUUAACACAAAUGAAUACCUUCUGCAGCAGCUUAAUGCAGUCCCUCCGCAUUACACCUCCAAAGAUCUUUAUCCAACCAAACAGAUAAGCAAAAUGGACAAAUACGUUUACUCUGAAGCCAGCAAGCUCUCAAUACCACCCCCACAGCGCUCUGCUAUAAACAGAAGUGUAGACAGACUUAGUACAUCUCCUUUAUAAAUAAACAUUUCUAAGACCUCUUUAA